AUGGAGCACAACGGCCCGCACCCAUCCGCCCAAUUCGAGGGCUACUACUCCAAGUUCGACCUUGCAUCUGGCGCCCACAUUGUCUUGAUCAUCUGCUCUGUACCCAAAGCGUCCUCACGGCCGCACAUGGUCUCAUUUACCUACUAUCCAGCAUCCGGACAUCCCAUCUUCCAGCGCGACCACUUUGUCAAGAACAUCUCGGCCAUCGUCAAAGAUGCCAAGACCAAAGCCUUCGAGGUGCAGAUCCCCGGCAUGGGCACCAUGCGGACCGACGCCAACGGCCAAACAAGCUACAAACUCGCCGCCGAAGACGGCAGCUGGAGCCUCGAAGCCCAGUGCAACGACUACACUGCAUGGAGCCCCAGAAAGAAUUCUCCGGAAGGCUGGCUAAUCCAUCUCCCCCUUCCACUCCACUGGCACGUGCAUUCCCUCUGCUCCCCAGCUACCUUUACCCUCGACAUCCCCGCUCUCGGCGACGCCUUCCCAUCAGCAGACGGCGAGUCCAGCGCCACCAUCCACCAGGAGAAAAACUGGGCCCAUAGUUUCCCAGACGCGCACAUGUGGAUGCAAGCCUGGGACAAUGAGCACAAGCGCGGUAUCUGUCUUGCUGGCGGCAAAAUCCUCUACAACACCGCGUACAUGAUUGGAUAUCGUUCUCCCAGCCUCGAUCUCGACUUUGUACCCCCAUUUUCCGUGUCCUAUCUCAAUCUCUUCUCGCCCUUUAUGAGCGUCAAGCAGGACUGGGGCAACCGGACGUUUUCAAUAUGGGUGAGUAAUUACUUGUAUAUGAUGGAGCUGAAGGCGACUGCGCCAGAGGACAAGGGCUGGUUUGGGCUUCCCGCUCCGUUUGCAGACGGCCAUCGCUUGAAUUACUGCAAGGAGAACUUUAUGGCGACGGUCGAGGCCAAGAUUUGGAAGAGACAGGGGUGGUGGCCGUGGAGUGCGUGGCAGGAGAUUAGGACCGAGAGGUGGGAGGGCGCGAGCUUGGAAUUCGGCGGAGAGUAUUAUCCUGAGAGGGGCGAGAGCAAGAAAGACUUGUGA